UAUAGUGACUGUCGAGCGCGUUUGUUGAAGUGGUACGUCACAGUCAUCGGCAGUGUGUUAGUAUGCUGAUUAAAGUGAAAACGUUAACUGGCAAAGAAAUUGAAAUCGAUAUUGAACAAACUGACAAAGUUGAACGAAUCAAAGAAAGAAUUGAAGAAAAAGAAGGCAUACCACCACAACAACAACGAUUGAUUUUUUCCGGUAAACAAAUGAAUGAUGAGAAACUUGUCCAGGAAUACAAAAUGCAAGGUGGUUCAGUAAUACAUUUAGUACUUUCGUUGCGUGGAGGUUUAUGAUUUGUAUUUCUGUUCAUUAAUGGAACCAGAUGAAAUCACAUGCUUUUGUAUUAUAUUGCAAAUAUGAAGGGGACGAGGCUUUUUGAGCUCUCGUUCCAUAUCUUUUCCAUUGUUUCUGUCGUGACUUAUUCCCUUCAUAAUUAUUUUAGGUGAUAUCUGAUCUUCGCCUAUGUAUAUGUUUUAAAUUACGUUAUCAAAUACAAUCUCCCACGUUGUA